UCAAUAUAACUAUCAACAAACUCAAUAUAACUUUCACCACACUUAAUAAAACUCUCACCAAACUCAAUAUAACUAUCAUCACACUCAUUAUAACUAUCACCACACUCAUUAUAACUAUCACAACACUGAAUAUAACUACCACCACAUGGAAUAUAACUAUCACCACACUCAAUUAAACUACCACCAAAAUUAAUAAUACUAUCACCACACACUAUAUAUAUAUCUAUCACCACACUCAAUAUAACUGUCACCACACUCAAUAUAACUAUCACUACACAUAAUAUAACUAGCAUAACACUCAAUCAGUUUACCAUUAAACUUUUCAUUUAAAUUGUAUAUAUGCUUCAACAGAUAUUGUAUUAGUUUUUUUCACUUUAUACCAGGCACAAAGAUAGAGUAUUUAUUAAAGAUAAGACAACAAGAGAUAUGAUGUUAUCAUUUUGUAAGAAAGAUGCCAUGUUCCCACACAAUGAUUUUGUAAGAAUGAAAAACAGGGUGAAAACACAGCAAGAAUCAUUAGAUGGAUUUUUGGUACAUUUAGAAGAUAUUGGUUGCUCUCAGGCUUGUCCAGAAGAAUAUCGAGAUUUUAUCAGGAUGCUUUCCUGCAACUCCCCAGUGUGUGCUGCCUUCCCGUAUCAUCAAUUAGACAAUAUAAAAUUUAUCAUUGACAACAAAAAUUUCAGGCAAAAUCUUCAUAUCAUGAAAAAUAUCCAAAGUGCUAUACCAGUAUUGUUUGAAUUAAUAUGUGCAGUACCUGAUCUUCCACAAUUUAUGAGGAACAUACUAAGUUCAGUAGUUGAUAUUACUACUAAAACUUUUAUAAUUGAAGAACAUGAAACGUCAUCUAAAGUCACACAAGAUUCUCUGGCAUAUUUUCCAAAUUUACCAAAAAUCAGAUGCAGGGGAUUAUAUGUUAUGGACAAAAAAAUGGAUGAAAAAGUUUGUACAAAGAAAGGAAGCCGUCAUCCAUCUCUCCUUCCUGGGAUUUUUACAGUGUUCUGCCCACAUGGCAUUUGUUAUGGUUUUGAAGUAAUGGAGUCUGUAGAAUCUCCAGACCGGCCUUUUACCUUCCUGAAAACCAGAUUUAAAGUUCCACCAUCAGCAGUAAUAUAUGACAAUGCCUUCAACCUUCAACAGUAUUGUCUUAACCGAGACCCUGGAUUUUUCAGAAAAACACGGUUUUACGUGGAUGGUCUUCAUUGGGAUUGCCAUGGUUGUGCAGUAUCCUACAAAGGCCUUCUUUACCCAGAAAUUCAAAACAUUAAUACACAACUGGUGGAACAGAACAAUUCCAAAUUAAAGAAGUUGAAGCCUUCACUUUCGUACAUGAAAGCAGAAAAUUUCAUGAAAUCAGUAACAUUUUUUGAAUGGCACUGCAACCAACAAUUGAAAGAUUGAAUGACAAAUGCUAGUCAUAUUUUAAUUGCAUUCCUGUGUAAAUUAUAUACUUUCUGUAAGUAAAAAUGUGUAUUGGAGACAUUCUUGAACUUGGUAGAUUUCCUAUAUAUAUAAAUAUCAUUAUUCACAUAUCUAUUGGUUAUAUAUAUGUUACAGUAAAUAGGUGAGAUAAGGAGUUACACGUAAUUACUAAACCAUUCAGUAACUACCUGUAAUUACAAAUAGAAUUAUUGAUUACAUUUAUUGACUGAUUGUUUCAGUGAUUACAGGUAUUCACUGAUUAUUUUGGUCAUUUUUACAGCUAUUUACUAACUUGAUAUUUUGUAUUAAAUUUGAGACAUAAUUCAAGAUACUAAAUAAGAGAGUAACGGGGUAGGGAUUGUAGGGAUUACUUAAGGGUUAAUGAAUCAAAGAUUCCUGAAGACUGCAUGUUCUUUAGUUUUGUUUGUAUAUACCAACAAAGAAAACCAUAAAAUCUUCUUCAUAGAACUUAAAGUGUAUAUAACAAUACAAGGAAUUGGUUCUCAAAGAUUAAUUUUCUUCUUUAGGAAAUUAAAUUCAGAUCUUAAUUAAUGUAUGUAAACAUAUAAAUAAAACUGAGGUCAAAGUUUUACAUAGAAACACAUUAAAGUUUGCUUCUUGAAGCAAUAAAAAAUAAUAAAACCUAAAUAUUUAUAGAAAGAACACAUGUGAACUGAACUAAAAAUAACAAGUUCAAAGAAGCAUCAUAUGCUCACCAGAUUUAGGUAAAGCAAUCACCAUCCGCAAAUUGAGAGCAGUUGAUACGAGGUUAAAGUUAACAUUUUAGGAAAGCCAGAGAUAUUGGCUAGUUAUAAGAGGGUACACCUAUUCUGCAGUUCAGUCUUGGUGGAAGUUCAAACAUUUAUUAUUAUCAUUUUAUUAUAAUGAUAGAAAUAUUUUGUUCACAAAAUAGCAAAAUGUGCAAUCCUUUAGCUAAGGAAAUGUAUGUAACAAAUACAUACAGAUAUGUGUAUUUAUUUAAGUCUCAUUUUUAUAUUGAUCCCAAACUAUAAUUAUGUUUAAAUUCAGAGUUAAUUGUAUGCAAUUAUAUUUUCCAUUGUAAAAAGUAUAUAUAUAUGAAAAAUAUUAGUUAUUCAAUUUUUUUUAACAGUUGUCUUGACUGUUUUCUCUGUUUCAUUGUGUUUAUGAUAGUGUUAUUAUCAUUUUUUUUCCAUUCAGUCUGUUAGAUGUGUGAAAGAAUGAAUAAAAGUAGUUGUAUAUUUGUGUGUCAGAUUUAUAAAAUAUUUAUAAUUUGAAUAUAUGGACAUAUAGAGUAUGCUGAAGGAUAUAUAGAAAGAAUAUACAAUAUAUAGACUGGUUAUACAUAUAAAGAUUGUGCUUAUGGAUACAUGGAGCUAUGGGCUAGAAAUGAAAGUUGUAUUCAAUUUAGACUUGUGUAUAUAUAUAUAUAUAUAUAUAUAAUUUGUCUAAAUAACCGCCGAACAAUGUCAGAUCUGUAAAUUUGUGUUAGCAAAUUUUUUGUUCUUCCUGGCAGGGAUUCGUACUCAUGCUAUUGAGAUAUCGUGGCACCAAACCGCCUUGCAUUGCCCUAGACCACUUGACCACCUAGGCUCUUCAAUAAUAAAGCUUUCAGCGGCCGGGUGUUACCUUUCCUUGUCAGACAAAAAUAAAGUUUAAUAAUGGAAAUUUACAGAUCUUAUACAGUGAUUAUGCAUUUUGUUAAUGAAAAUUUUGCAAAAAAUUGAAGCUAUGAAUAGUAUGUGUAAUUAUGUGUUUAAUAAAUUAGGUGAAAAGGAUAUUAAUGUUAU